AUGCUGACAAAUUCCUUGAAACAAACGAGUGGCUCCUUGAAACGCACCUCCAUUAAACGUACAAUAUCUGGGUCACAGAAGGGUCACAAAGCUUGGAUUGAGAAACAUUUCCAGAAACGUGAUUGUAUUUGUGUUAUUCCGAACCCCAAAGAUCCACAAAGGUGCGGCUGUGGUCAGCUGAUUGGCCAACAUGUCACUAUUGCUCCAACUGCUCCAUCCAGUGACACAGGAGAGGAGGAGAAGCAGGUGGUUCAGCCUGAGAAAUGGACACCCCAGAAGCACACUCAGGCUAGUCCCACUGAUGCUUACGGAGCCAUGGAAUUUCAAGGUGGUGGGCACACCAGCAAAGCCAUGUACAUUCGUGUUUCCUAUGACACCAAGCCUGACCUUCUGCUCCAGCUCAUGACCACAGAGUGGGAACUAGAACUUCCGAAGCUUCUCAUAUCUGUUCAUGGAGGACUUCAGAACUUUGAACUUCAACCUAAAUUGAAGCAGGUGUUUGGCAAAGGUCUGAUCAAAGCAGCAAUGACAACAGGAGCCUGGAUAUUUACAGCUGGAGUCAACACUGGUGUGAUCCGUCAUGUAGGAGAUGCCUUGAAAGAUCAUUCUUCCAAAUCGCGUGGAAGGAUCUAUGCAAUUGGAUUUGCUCCCUGGGGCAUUGUAGAGAACAGAAUGGAUUUAAUUGGGAAAGAUGUUACCAAACCCUAUCAAACAAUGUCAAACCCUCUAAGUAAACUGACUGUGCUAAGCAACACCCACACUCACUUCAUCCUGGCUGAUAAUGGCAGCCUGGGCAAGUAUGGAGCUGAGGUUAGACUCCGGCGACAACUGGAGAAACAUAUUUCCCUGCAGAAAAUCAACACACGGCUUGGCCAGGGAGUACCAGUGGUGUGUUUGAUCGUGGAAGGUGGUCCCAAUGUGAUAUCGAUUGUCCUGGAGAGUCUCCGUGAGGACCCUCCUGUCCCGGUGGUGGUCUGUGAUGGUAGUGGAAGAGCUUCUGACAUCCUGGCAUUUGCGCACAAGUACUCAGCAGAAGGAGGAAUAAUCAGUGAGUCAGUGCGAGAUCAGCUCAUGGUCACCGUUCAGAAAACCUUCAACUACAAUCGCCAUCAGUCACAGCAACUGUUUGUCAGCAUCAUGGAGUGUAUGAAGAAGAAAGCAUUGAUCACAGUUUUUCGAAUGGGUUCCGAAGGACAGCAGGAUAUUGAUCUUGCUAUCCUAAUGGCACUGCUAAAAGGUACAAAUGCAUCAGCCCCAGACCAACUGAGUCUAGCAAUGGCCUGGAAUAGGGUGGAUAUUGCCCGGAAUCAAAUUUUUGUCUUUGGGAAUCAUUGGCCGCCAAUGGGCAGCAGGUCUGAGUCCGCCCCUCAGGAAGUGAAAAAAUCUGUAAAACAGCGGCCAACUAAAGUAAAGGGAAAAGGGAAGAGGAAAGGAAAGGAUGAAGUGAAAGAGGAGAGUGACCCACGGAAGUUGGAGCUGCUGAACUGGGUGAACUCACUGGAACAGGCCAUGAUUGAUGCACUGGUUCUGGACCGUGUUGACUUUGUGAAGCUGUUGAUUGAAAAUGGAGUAAAUAUCCACAAUUUCCUGACCAUCCCUCGAUUAGAGGAGCUUUACAACACGAGGCUGGGCCCUCCCAACACUCUGCACUACCUGGUCAGAGAUGUCAAAAAGGGAAACCUGCCCCCUGACUACCACAUCAGUUUGAUUGACAUUGGGCUGGUCAUAGAGUACUUGAUGGGAGGAGCCUAUCGCUGCACUUACACAAGGAAAACAUUCCGCACUCUCUACAAUAAUUUAUUUGGGCCAAAACGGCCAAAAGCUCUGAAACUUCUGGGGAUGGAGGAUGAUGAACCACCCUCAAAAUCCAAGAGGAAGAAGAAAAAGAAGAAGAAAAAGGAAGAAGAGAUUGACAUUGAUGAGGAUGACCCAGCCAUUGGCCGAUUCACCUACCCGUUCCAUGAGCUGCUAGUGUGGGCUGUGUUGAUGAAACGGCAGCGAAUGGCAUUGUUUUUCUGGCAGCAUGGUGAAGAAGCUUUGGCCAAGGCCCUGGUUGCCUGCAAGCUUUACAAAGCCAUGUCAAAUGAAUGUUCUGGCAGUGAGCUCGUGGAUGACAUCUCGCAGGAUCUGGAAAACAACUCAAAGGAUUUUGGGCAGCUUGCUGUUGACUUGUUAGACCAAUCAUACAAGCACGAUGAGCAGGUGGCCAUGAAACUGCUGACAUAUGAGCUGAAGAACUGGAGCGAUUCGACCUGCCUGAAACUGGCAGUGACAGCAAAACACCGCGACUUCAUCGCACACACUUGCAGCCAGAUGCUGCUGACUGACAUGUGGAUGGGGCGGCUUCACAUGCGGAAAAAUCCCGGCCUUAAGAUUAUGUUGGGCAUCAUAUUUCCACCAGCCAUCCUCUUCAUGGACUUUAAAAGUAGCGAUGAUUUGUCGUAUGAAGCAACUGGGGACAAUGAACAGGGAAAAGAGAAGGAGGAGGACAACGAUGCAAACACUGAGGCUGUUUCAAGAAAAGGGGAUGAAGAAGAUGGGAUGGAAAAUCACAGAAGCAUCCCAAUUGGAAGAAAGAUUUAUGAGUUCUACAAUGCACCAAUUGUUAAAUUUUGGUUCCAUACUAUGGCAUAUCUUGCUUACUUGCUGCUCUACAACUAUGUAAUACUGGUGAAGAUGGAUGGCUUGCCCUCGAUUGCAGAAUGGAUUCUCAUCUCAUAUAUUUUGAUGUUGGCUAUUGAGAAAAUCAGGGAGAUUCUGAUGUCAGAGCCGAGUAAACUGAGGCAGAAGGUGAAAGUGUGGAUGCAGGAAUACUGGAAUGUCACUGACAUGGUGGCAAUUGCUAUCUUCAGCUGUGGUGUGUUACUGCGGCUCCAGAGUCAACCCUAUAUGAGCUAUGGUCGUGUCAUCUACUGUGUGGAUAUUAUCAUCUGGUAUAUCCGUGUCCUUGACAUCUUUGGUGUCAACAAGUACCUGGGACCCUAUGUGAUGAUGAUUGGGAAGAUGAUGGUCGACAUGCUGUACUUUGUGGUCAUUAUGCUAGUGGUCCUGAUGAGUUUUGGGGUGUCAAGACAGGCCAUUCUACAUCCAGAUGAGGAGCCUUCCUGGAGAUUAGCCCGGAACAUUUUCUACAUGCCCUACUGGAUGAUCUAUGGAGAGGUGUUUGCGGAUCAGAUAGACCUAUACGCCAUGGAAAUUAAUCCUCCUUGUGGAGAGAACCUGUUUGAUGAUGAUGGGAAGCGGCUCCCUCCCUGUAUCCCUGGGGCCUGGAUUAUUCCUGCUAUCAUGGCUUGUUACCUUCUUGUUGCUAAUGUCCUGCUCGUAAAUCUGCUGAUUGCUGUCUUCAACAACACCUUCUUGGAGGUGAUUUCCAUUUCCAACCAGGUCUGGAAGUUCCAGCGUUAUCAGCUAAUCUUGACAUUUCAUGAAAGGCCUGUUUUCCCACCACCACUGAUCAUCUUCAGUUAUUUGUCCAUGAUUGUGCAGCAGUGCUGUCGCAGGAAGAACAAGGAGAUGGAAGAACGUGAUCGGGGACUGAAACUAAUCCUAAGUGAGGAAGAACUGAAGAAGCUGCAGGAGUUUGAGGAGCAGUGUGUGGAACAGUAUUUCACACAGAAAGAAGAUCAAGAACAAUCAUCAAAUGAUGAGCGGAUUCGGAUCACAGCUGAAAGAGUGGAGAAUAUGGCAAUGCGCUUGGAGGAGGUGAAUGAAAGGGAACAUUUCAUGAAAGCGUCACUCCAAACUGUUGACAUUCGAUUGGCCCAGUUGGAGGAAUUCUCUGGUCGCAUGGUCAAUGCAAUGGAAGUUCUGGCUGGUAUUGAUAAGGCUGAGCUAACUCACACUCGUUCAAGGUGUCCUUCAGAAUGUGAUGCUUCCUACCUGAUCAGACAAAACAGUACCGAGGCAACCAGCAUGUAUCGCUUCAAUAUGGAUGGAGAUGAUACUAACUUGGAAGACAGCAUGGGUUUAAUGUCUCCUUCAAUGGGAUCUCACAGGAAGAGUUAUUCUGCUAUUACUCCGAGAGAUGAAAAAGAACUUGUAGAACAGAAAGUGAGCAUGACACCAAAACACCGGUUUGGGUUCCACCAAUCCUCCAGCUCCCGUAAAAUGAGGGAGAAAAGCCUGAGGCUGGAAGUUACACAGGACCCCAGGAAUUUCAACUCUUGUGUCGAUAUCUUUGUUUCCUCAUCUGAUGAUUGUCUGAACCCACUGAACACAAAAGAGGAAGCUAAUUACCAAAAGUUCCUGCAUACAGCAGAAGCUGGGCUUAAUGGAAAAUUAGUAACAAAAGCUGGAUCAGUAGGACGAACAAAAUUGGAAACUCGUUUCUCGUUUCCCUUGGAGAAGGCCAAAACAGCUAAUUAUUUUUCUUCACAGACUUAUAGUGCAUGCCAGACCACAGUGGUAAAGUCUCGAAGCGUUGUCAUUGGGUUAGAAGGUAUGGUAUCUGAUCAAGGAGAAAUCCAGAGUUCAGACAAUGGCUAUAUUAUAGAUCAUGUACGUACUGUCAAACCCUCUUCUACAAAGACUCCAGAAUGGGUCACUCAGUGUGACCAUAAGUUUUAUAAAAAUCUGCCUGAAGAACAAGUAAUGGUCGAAGAAGCCACUCCCCAAACAUUACCAUCCUCUCCUGAGACACUGGCAGAACAAAAACAAGAGCUGACAGAUACAGAGGAGGACACUGACACUUCCAGCUAUGUCUUGGAUCCCUGUAUCUCUAGAGGAGAGAUACUAAGGACAGUUUCAAAGUCUAAGAACUUUCUAACAGUCACACCAGAUAGAUUCGCCACCUCGAGGUCAAAGAGUCUUCAUGGACAUUGCAGGAAAACAGUGCCCAUGAUGGGAGAAAGCUUCAACAAACCAAAACAAGCAUUCAGCACAAAAGACCUGCGCCAGGCAUAUGGAGAGCCCCGCCAGGUGUACAGAGAGCCCCGGCGAACAGGCAGCAGCCGAGCACCAGGACCAAAGAAAAAAUCCACCGAGACCUUUUGCUAA